AUGAUACUAUUAAUUGUUUUACUACUUCUUCUUGAUUCAAUCUAUCAAUUAUAUCGAUACUUCUUUCCAUUACCAAAUAUCGAUCCAAAAGGAAAAUAUGUUCUUAUUAGUGGUUGUGAUAGUGGAUUCGGUCAUACUCUAGCUAUUGAACUCGAUAAACAAGGUUUUAAUGUAUUUGCUGGUAUAUUAAAUUCAAAUAGUGAAACGUCACUUCGUAAUAAUCUUUCAGAACGAGCUUCUGUCUUCCGUUUGGAUAUAACACGACAAGAAGAUAUUGAUGCUGCAUUUGAAUUAGUUCAAGAAAAAACUAAUAUACUUCAUGCACUUGUUAACAACGCCGGAAUUAGUACAAGUGCUUAUAUCGAUUGGAUGACAAUGGAAUCCAUGCGACGAAUCAUGGAUGUAAAUUUUUUUGGACAUGUUGCAAUGACAAAAACAUUUUUGCCUUUACUCAUAAAAAAACGUGGUUCACGUGUUAUUAAUAUCUGUUCUGUAGCAGGUAUUCUUACUACACCUAUGAAAUCAGCUUAUUCAUCUUCGAAAUAUGCAUUAGAAUCAUUUAGCGAUUGUCUUCGAAGGGAAAUGGCAUCUUGGGGUCUAUAUGUUUCAAUUGUUGAGCCGGGUCCAAUGAAAACACCAAUUAUUGAUGGACAUGAUAAACUUAUGACAAAAUUUUGGAAUGAAUCAUCAAAAGAUGUUCAAGAUCGAUGGGGUGAAGAUUUUUUUCAAAUGCAAACUAAAAAACUAUCGGAUAAUUUUCUUUAUCGUUAUGCCGAAGAUCAAACUAAGGUCAUACGAUCACUUCAACAUGCAGUGAUAAAUUCAAGACCCGAAAUUCGUUAUCGCCCUGGUUGGCAAUCAAAAUUCUUUUUCUUACCAUUAUCGAUGGCACCUACUUGGCUAACAGAUUUUAUUCUAAUUCGUGCAGCUAAUACUGAUCUUAAGCCUGCUGGUGUACGAAAAUAUCAUAUAGACUAG